AAACAGGAGCUGCCUCCACUAUUUCAUCACUAUUUCAACUUUUAACAUGUCAACAUCAUCAAAUGACUUAUGCUUAUUCUAACGCAGGGACAACUCAAAGAUAUCAAAAACUAUUUAGCCCAAUCAAGUUGGUUGCGGGCGGACAGUUCAGAGUCCUCAAAGUUCCCCUGGGCUUCAUCAAAGCUCUAGAAUGGAUAUUUGCCAUCUUUGCAUUCUCAACAUGUGGGAGUUACUCCGGGAUGUUCAUGAUGAGUGUGGAGUGUAAAAACAGGACCGAGAGCGACCUGAGUAUAUGGGUGGAAUUUGAGUAUCCUUUCAGGCUUCACCAAGUAUACUUUGACGCCCCGACCUGCAAGGGGGGUCCACCCGAGCGUCUCUUCCUGGUUGGUGACUACUCUUCCUCAGCAGAGUUCUUCGUCACCAUCGGUGUGUUUGCCUUCCUCUACUCCAUGGCUGCGCUCAGCGUCUACGUCUUCGCCCUGGAGAAGUACCGGGAGAACAACAAGGGACCACUCAUCGAUUUUGGCGUGACGUGUGUGUUCACCUUCAUGUGGUUGGUCAGCUCCGCUGCGUGGGCUAAGGGCCUGUCGGAUGUCAAGGCGUCCACGGACCCUGAGAAGGUGGUGGAUCUGAUCUCAGCCUGCGACGAGGAGGGGAACCUCUGUCGUGAAGUUCACGACCCCGUCAUGUCUGGACUCAACACCUCCGUCUGUUUUGGCUUCAUGAACCUGGUCUUGUGGGGAGGGAACCUGUGGUUCGUCUUUAAGGAGACCGGCAUCAUCGCCCCCUUCAUGCGCGCCCCUCCUCCCCAGGAGAAGCAGCCCGCCCCAGACUCGUACGGCCAGCAGGCGGGGUACGAGCAGGACCCUUACGCCAGCGCCCAGGGGGACUACAAGCCAGAAUACAACCAGCAGCAGCAGGGCUACAACCAGGAGGGCGGAGAGUAUGGACACACACCCACCUCCUUCGCCAAUCAGAUGUGAGGGGGAGGAGGAAAUAGGAAGUGUGGAGGCGGCUGACGGCUGGCGAGUCACAUUAUAUUGUUUUCACAUGGUUAUUUUAUUAUAAUUAUUUUACUUUAAUAUAUUUUAUUAGACAGCCUUACUGUUAUUAUGAGGAAUUAUUAUGAGAUGUUAUGAAGAAUAUUUUAUAUUUAUUUUAUAUAUUAUAUUAUUAUAUAUUCAUAUAUAUAUAUAUAUAUAUAUUGAUUUAUUUUUUUUACUUUAAACUCAGUUUAUUUGGUUUUCAUUUAAAGCUUUAGCAAUUAAAACUCACACAGAAUGAGUUUAUUAUCGCAUCAUAAAUAUAUACUGUAUGUGAACCCAAAUAGGAUUCUCCGUUAUUUAGUUUUGUUCACUACCUCCACGUGUUUAGUUCCACUCAGUCAGGAGCAACAGGAUGAUCAGAAUGGAUCGUUAGUGGCACUGCAGCUCAUCUCCUUAAACUCUCAGAUUCCCAAUCUGGACCUCCAGGGCCACUGCUUUGUUCUCUCUCUCCCAUUGUUCCCCUGUAAUCAGACACUGAUUUAGACCUGGGACACCGGUGGAUGCAAGUAGUUAUCAGGUAGAACAGUACAGCUGGAAACUACAGUACCCACAAUGCCGCACUCCUUCCUGUGUGUCUGUUUGCACAGCGGACCUCGUAGGGUCAGAUUUAAAACACCCCUCUCUCUUAAUGUUCCCUGUCUUCUUUUCCUCUCCACAGAGAGUCAGCAGAGUGACGGGGGGAGGAGUGUGGUGCCUGGAAACUACAGUACCCACAAUGCCGCACUCCUUCCUGUGUGUCUGUUUGCGCAUCUAUCUGUGUGCUGAGUAAAUGGGGGACGGGGGGGAACCUAAACAUAAAGAAGUGAGGGAACAGGGAGGGGGAGAGAUUAGAUGUUAGUUAUUCUGGUGGAAAAAAAGAGAGUACAUAUGAAUAUAAACUUGAACAUAGUUCCAUAUGGAAAAUGUUAUUAUAAAAAAUACAUCUAUUUAAAAAUGGAUUAUAAUGUUGACAAUAGUAAUAUUAGAUUGUUGAGAGAAUGUAUUGGUAUGUGCUGUAUAGAUAUCACUAUGAACAACUAUAUAGACAAACAUUUUGUCAUGUUAACUAUUCUAAUGUUCAGAUUCUGAGUUCAGUAAAUAAAUCAUUUGUAAACACUAAUUCCUCCUCCGUGCAACAAUAUGUACUUAAAAAAAAAAAAAAUGUUUUGAUACAAUUGUAUUUUAUUCAGCUGCUUGUUCUGUUGUGUCUCUUGGUUUUGGUUGGAUUUACAGAACAUCAAGGCAGUUUCAUUAUAUAGGCUAUCACUCACUCUAUCUCUCACAGUGAAAUAAAUCAAACAGUAGACCAAUACGUUUCUUUCCUCAGUCUAAGCUAUAAGAACUGUGUUGAACAUGUAAAGUCCAUACAUUUCAGUAGGAAUACAGUAAAUUCCAUGCAUCCCAGUAGGAAUACAGUAAAUUCCAUGCAUCCCAGUAGGAAUACAGUAAAUUCCAUGCAUCCCAGUAGGAAUAGAGUCAAUUGCAUGCAUCCCAGUAGGAAUACAGUCAAAUCCAUGCAUCCCAGUAGGAAUAGAGUAAAUUCCAUGCAUCCCAGUAGGAAUACAGUAAAAUCCAUGCAUCCCAGUAGGAAUACAGUAAAUGCCAUGCAUCCCAGUAGGAAUACAGUCAAUUCCAUGCAUCCCAGUAGGAAUAC